AGUUGGAAACAGAGGGAAUUUGGUGGCAGCGAUGAUGUAGUAGGAUGAAAGCUUUCUUUCUCUCAUCUGAGGUCAAAUCUGGCAUUUGUUGUUUAAAUACCCUUCUUCUUUCUCAUCUCUCCUAUUUACUCUCUCUCUCUCCUGCAAUUUUUCAAUAGUAGAUAUAAAUCUCUUCCCCUCUAUCUGUAAGAGGGAAAUUGUGAUGUUUCAAUAUCAUACUAUAACACAAACGCAGAAAGAAGCGGCAAGAGAGGUUAAUGGUUGAAUCUUCUUGCAUACUUUCCAUGGCUGCAUCACCGUCGUCUCUUGCCGGUGGAGAGAAGAAACACUGGUGGCUCACCAAUAAAAAGAUGGUGGAGAGGUAUGUGAGGGAUGCGAAAAUGCUGAUUGCGACGGAGGAACAAAGAGAGACUGUAGCAGCUUUACGCCUGCUUGAAGCGGCGUUAGCAAUUUCGCCACGGAUGGAGGUGGCGUUGGAGCUUAAGGCGAGAUGUUUGCUUUCUCUGCGGCGGUUCAAGGAGGUGGCUGAUAUGUUGCAGGACUAUAUUCCUAGCCUGAAAAUGGAUUCUGAUGAGGAUUCGGAUAACUCGUCCAGUCAGCUGUCGAGAGAGCGAGGGAAACUUCUCUCCGGCAUUGUUGACUCACUGGGUCAAAAUGAACCGGCGUUUAAGUGCUUUUCUGUCUCGGAUUUGAAGAAGAAAGUCAUGUCCGGACUCUGUAAAAACGUCAACAAAGAAGGCCAAUGGAGGUACUUGGUUUUGGGUCAAGCUUGUUGCCACCUGGGCUUGAUGGAGGAUGCAAUGGUGCUACUUCAGACCGGAAAACGCCUUGCCACGGCAGCGUUCCGCCGGGAAAGCAUUUGCUGGUCGGACGACAGCUUUUCCUUCAACAGAUUCCCACUCUACGGUGAAACACCAAUCAACAACCAACAACCCUCAACGCCUCCAAAAACAGAGUCCGAGAAAAUUUCCCAGCUUCUCAGCCAUAUCAAGCUCCUUAUCCACCGUAAGACCGCCGCAAUGGCCGCCCUGGAUGCCGGGCUUUGCUCUGAAGCCAUUCGACACUUCUCAAAAAUUGUUGACGGCCGCCGUGGAGCCCCGCAGGGGUUCUUGGCCGAGUGCUAUGUACACCGUGCCUCGGCUUAUCAAUCAGCAGGCAGAAUAGCAGAGGCAAUUGCAGAUUGCAAUAGAACCUUAGCAUUGAACCCUUCUUGCAUUCGGGCUCUUACCGUGAGAGCAGCCUUAUUUGAAACCAUAAGAUGUUUGCCUGAUAGUCUCCACGAUCUAGAGCAUUUGAAACUCUUGUACAACUCGAUUCUACGAGAUCGAAAGCUGCCCGGACCAGUGUGGAAGCGCCAGAACAUUCAAUACAUGGAAAUUCCUGGAAAACUCUGUUCAUUAGCUGCGAAAAUCCAGCAAUUGAAACAAAGGGUUGCUGCUGGUGAAACUGGGAAUGUAGACUAUUAUGCUUUGAUUGGAUUAAAACGAGGUUGUUCAAGAUCAGAACUUGAAAGAGCCCAUUUGUUGUUGACACUUAGACACAAACCUGAUAAAUCUUCCAGUUUCAUUGAUAAAUGUGAAUUUGCAAAUGAUGGGGAUAUAGAUUCAAUUAGCGAUAGAGCAAAAAUGUCUGCUUUGCUGUUGUAUAGAUUGAUUAAGAAGGGUUAUACUAGUGUAAUGGGGACAAUUUUGGAUGACGAGGUGACUGAAAAGGAAAGAAAGGCUGUAAUGCAAGUUCAACAGGCUCAAGAGCAAUGCUCCACCAGAGUCGAAUCAAUUCCGGUGGCCAUUUCAGAUACAUCUAAUGGCAGUGGGACUCAUCGGAUCGAGAACAAUGCAGCCAUUACAACACCACCAACAUCGGUGUUUCAAGGAAUUUUCUGCAGGGACCUUACUGUGGUUGGCAAUUUGCUUUCUCAGGCUGGAUUUAACCGUCCAAUGCCAAUGAAAUAUGAAGCAUUGAGCUGCUGAUAAUGGUGAUUGUUGCAACAAUUAGCCAAUAAUUUGGACCUAAAAGACUAAUCAGAUGUUAAUGCGCCAGAGGGAAUUGGACUGUAGUGGAAUUCCAAGAUUAUUUCCCGCCAGGAAAAUUUUGCUUCUUUUGCCUUCCUGUACAGAUUUGAUAUUUAAUUUCAAUUUCAGUGCCGAAGCGAUUUCUAGUUUGAAAUAAUAUUGUCACACUUAUAAUUA